AUGGGUGAGGGAAGGAAUGAUGGCGCUAUUGUCGAGGCAUUGCCGAUGUUGGCGGGUGCUAUUGGGUCUAAGUGUUUAAAGUUUGUGAAUGGUUUGGGGCAUGAUAUCAAGAAGGCUAUUAGUUACCAACAGAUUACUAGUUUUACGGAGUUGGUUAACAAGAAUCAGAUUUAUGAUAAGGAUAGUAGGGAGAGUGCUUCUCAUUAUAAGUCUUUUAAUGAUGGGAAAGGGAAAGGACAAUAUCAUGGGAAACCUUAUGAUGAUAAGAAGAAGCAGAAAUCUGGUUAUGGCAGAAAGCCAAGCGGGGGAGGAGCUAUCACUCCAAUUAAGGGCUACAAGUGUGGUCUCGAAAGAAAUCAUGCUAAUGAAUGCAACAAGAAUUUUGGAAAGUGUUUAAAGUGUGACAAGCCUGGUCAUAAAGUUGUGGACUGUAGAGUUGGUUCGAGUGUGACUUGCUACAAUUGUUGUGAGCAAGGGCAUAUUAGUACCAAGUGUGAUAAGCCAAAGAAGGAGCAAGCGAAAGAAAAAGUGUUUGCAUUGUUUGGUUUUGAGACCAUUGUUGAUGAUAGGCUAAUCAGAGAGUUUAAUCGUGUUUAUAUCAACUGCUUUGAUAAGACAAUUAUUUUUCCUAAAACUGAUGUUAAGGAAGAUUUGUUUUUAUCUGCUAAGCAAGUGGGUAAGUCUGUGCAAGAUGGUGAAAUGUUGUUUAUGUUGUUGGCAAUAUUGGAAGUUCAUGAGAAGAGAACAAUUGAGGAAUUGCCAAUAGUUCGUGAUUUUGAUGAGGUAUUUCCUGAAGAUGUAAGUGAUUUACCACCAGAACGUGAAAUGGAGUUUAUGAUUGAUUUAGUUCCUAGAAUUAGUCUUGUAUCGAUGGCUCCAUAUUGGAUGUCAGCUUCUGAGUUGAAAGAGUUGAAGAGUCAACUUGAGGAAUCAUUUGAGAAUAAGUUUAUUUGUCUGAGUGUGUCGCCGUGGGGUGCGCCUGUUUUAUUGGUUAAGAAAAAGGAAGGUUCUAUGAGGCUUUGUGUUGAUUAUAGAAAAUGA